GAAAAUGGUGCGAGUAUGGGCCGUGGCCGCAUCCAGCGUCGCCCCGCGAUUCGACGGACCUGUUUCGUGUUCGUAGCCGUCGGCGGAAUUGGAACGAGAGUUGUUUACGUGCUUACAGUAGGAAGUUCUCCGUUACCCGCUCGGGAGAAAAAGACAGUCGGUGUUUUCGGCCCUGUGCGUUCUUUCUCGUUGUAAUUUUUAUUCGUGACUUUUCGCGUACCGUGGUGAGUUAAUCGAGGGAGACCGCGUCCACAUCCAUUGGAACGGUUUGAGGUUAGGCGCGAAGGAUUUCCACGAAAUAGGAUCAGAGACAUUAGACCCUGUUCUCAGUUGCAAUCCAUGAGAAGUAACGAGGAAGCUAAGUUUCUAUUCGAUACGGAUCCUGGGAGUUCGGAUCGAGGAAAGCUGAAAAUAAACAGAUAACUUUAUCGACGGCGUGGCAGCGUCGUUAUCGAGCUAAAUUAAAACGCCCCGGAUGCCUGGGACGAUAGGCCACGAGACAUCGACACCUGUUAGCGUAGUAAGCGUAUCUCCCGUACGCACGCGCUUAAUUCACGUGAAAUUUUAUUGUUCCCUCCGUGGUGCGCCGUUUACGUGCACCCCAGACCGGAAGUAUCGAUAAUGCAGCGGGUACAGCAUGCGAAACUCGGCAGAUGAAUGCGAACGGGGCACGUGGGUGUGUCCGUGCGUUCGUUUCUCCAUUCAUGGUUGAAUUGGACCUGACUACCGAGGGUUGAAAACUAGUAGUAGAAGGAUUCUCACAAUGAAAAUGGACUCAGACACCACGGAUAAUUUUUCAGAACUCGAUUCCACCGUCAGCUGUACGAAGACUUAACUGUAAAUCAGCUCGUAGCGUGGCCACGCUCCGCGAAAUAGAGACGGGCCCGUUCUGCGCAUCCGUACAGUCGGGAUUCAAAUAGGAUUUAGAAGAGGAAUGUAAUGGAAUAAUAAUGGUAACUGGAGAACGUCGACGGGAGUGGUAACAACACGGAAUGUAAUACGAUUUAAGCUGUCUCCACAGGGCUGAGAUAUGCCGGAGGAACAGAAGUCCGCUGGUGGUCCACCGGAAGUAACGGCAGAAAAUGGGACCGGAACGAAUUCGCCCACGAAGAGUCCAGUUAGCAAAGGCAAGAUGGCUAUCGCGAAGAUCACUCUCCUCGAUGGGACUGUCAAAGACUUCCACAUCGACAGAAAGGCCAAAGGUCAGGAUCUACUCGACAUGAUCUGCCAGAGCAUGAAUCUUUUGGAGAAGGAUUACUUCGGUCUCAUCUACGAAGACCGACACGAUGCACGGAAUUGGCUGGACCUGGACAAGAGGAUUGCGAAAUUUAUAAAAAACGAGCCAUGGAAGUUCAACUUCGAAGUGAAGUUUUACCCACCGGACCCAGCUCAGUUGCAAGAGGACAUCACCCGUUAUCAAUUAUGCCUUCAAAUUCGGAACGAUAUUAUCACGGGACGAUUGCCAUGUUCGUUCGUAACUCACGCUCUCCUCGGUUCUUACUUGGUACAAUCGGAGGUGGGAGAUUACGACCCGGACGAGCAUGGGCGCACGUACUUGAAGGAUUUCAAAUUCGCGCCUAAUCAAACGCCGGAGCUAGUGGAAAAAGUAAUGGACCUGCAUAAAACGCAUAAGGGUCAAACACCUGCGGAGGCAGAGCUCCACUAUCUCGAGAACGCGAAGAAACUGGCAAUGUACGGCGUCGAUCUGCAUCCCGCUAAAGAUUCCGAAGGUGUUGAUAUCAUGUUAGGUGUAUGUUCGUCGGGGCUUCUCGUUUACAGAGCUCGAUUACGAAUCAAUAGGUUCGCCUGGCCGAAGAUCUUGAAGAUCUCUUACAAGAGGCAUAAUUUUUAUAUAAAAAUUAGGCCAGGCGAAUUCGAACAGUUCGAAUCUACGAUCGGUUUCAAGCUGGCGAAUCACAGGGCGGCGAAGAAACUAUGGAAAGUUUGCGUGGAGCAUCAUACUUUCUUCAGGCUCAUGAGUCCGGAGCCUGUAAAGAAAGUAGGCUUAAUACCACAUCUGGGCUCUCGUUUCCGGUAUUCUGGAAGAACUCAUUACGAAACGAAAAAGACCCCUAUCGACAGGCAACCUCCGCAAUUCGAAAGAUCUUUGAGCGGUCGCCGUCCAACGUCUCGCAGUAUGGAUGCAUUAGGUGGACCUAAACAAGUUGAAAGUUAUGGCUCUGAACCGAGCAAGAGACAUACAAUGAGCUAUGAACCUGAAAUGAUACCUGAUAUGGAGCAUAUAGAUCAACGACCUAGUCCAAUUAAAAAGCAAAAGGAAAAGCUCACACGCAAAACAAGUGCUGGAACAACAUCAGCUAGCAGUACCAGUAGCCUGGAAGGAGAAUAUGACGCAGAUCGUGGCAAAAAGAAACCGGUCGGAGGAAUCGCAGUCCUACCGCCCGGUGGUCUAUCUAAGAAGAAAAAGGAUAAGCAAAAUGAGAAUGAGAAGGAGAAUCAUAAUGAUCUGAACAACUCCGAUCUGAUUAACGAAAAUGCUAUCCUUGAGAACAACGACGUAAAGUCGCCGAGUAAAAAAGAAUUGAAAAAGAAAGAUAAGGAGACACCGGAGAAAAAAGAUAAAGAAAAGAAAGAGAAAAUAAAGAGUCCCGUCGGUGGCUUCCUAUUUGGCAAAAAGGAAAAGGAUUCAAAGCAGAAGAAACAAAAGAAGAACAAGGAACUGGAAGAAUCCAUGGAGAAGAGCGACACGGAAUCGAAUCUGUCUACUUUAGAGAAGCAAGUGAAACCUUUGACUGAAACGUCAAAUAUCGAGAAGACCAAGCCCAGCCCAGAAUCUCCACAGCUCCCUAGUUACACGAAACCGUACGAUUACGAAGAAACAGAGACUUCGCCGACGAGGAAACCGUUCACGCCGCAUGGAUUUUCGUACGAGGACAGACCGGCUUCACCUGGAGUACAAAAUCAACAAUCACCGACUGCUGCGAGCCGCAAAGCCACGGGUUUAGCAUUUAAUUAUGCCCCUGGCGAGGAGAAGAAAGUGGCGGAAUCAGCGGAAAAGAGGAAAACCAAAGAAGCAGAUGCUACUAAACUGCCAGCCGGAUUAAAGACUCCGGGUCUCAAUUACGUGGAAUCCGCGGGAUUAAAAGAACAACAGAAAGCUGCUGCGGGACCAGAACUCGACAAAGACGCGUCAGCAGCUUUGAUCGCUGCUGAACAGCAACAAGAAUGCGCUGACUACGAAGCUGGCGCUGUUCCGCCAUCAGUCGCAGAAUCGAAACCGGAAUACCAUGUUUUGCCCCUACCAGACGGUUCGAAAGUAAUCGGUGGUAUUAUUUAUACCAAAGAUGGCAAACCGUUGGAUCAACAUAGCCUUGGCCCAGAUAAUAGCAAAGUAAUAGGUGGGAAGGUCUGUGCGAAAGAUGGACAUCCGAUUAAAAAGGCAGAUUUUGGUCCUCAUGGGAUGUACGUUAACAAUGGUAUGGUCACCACUAAAGACGGUAAGCCCGUGAACCAAGGAGUUUUGGGAGUUGAAAGGAACUUCAUAAAAGAUGGCCUUAUAUAUAGUUGCGACGGUCAAAUAGCUGAACAGCUUCUACUCGGACCAGACCACACACUAGUCAAAGAAGGUAAAAUAGCGAUGAAAAAUGGGAAACCACUGCAAUAUAGCAAAUUAGGCAGCGAUGGGACGUACGUGAAGGAUGGUCUUGUAUUUUCUGCCGAUUCCAAGCCGCUCACGCAAGGUUCGUACGGUAUAAACGAAAGCUACAUCGUUGCCGGAGUCGUGUUUGACAAAAGCUGCAAGCCUUUGAGUCAAAGUGCACUUAUACCUGACAAAACCUUUGUCAGUGAUGGUUUAAUUUGCGGACCAUCGGGAAGCGCCCUUAGUAACGGUAUUCUGGGCCACGAAGGUCAUUACAUUGCAGAUGGAAAAGUUUAUUCGAAAGACGGUAAACCGGUGAAACAUGAAUCUUUCAGUUCAGAUGGAUCUGUUAUAAAGGAUGGUAUAAUUUAUUCGAAAGACGGAAAGUUCUUGAAUCAAGGGUCUUUGCUACCUUGUGGGGCGCAUUUGAAGGAUGGAAAAGUCGUCGGUAAAGAUGGGAAAGCGAUCAAACAUUCAUUUUACAAGCCAGACGGAAGCUUUAUUAAGGACGGCAUCUUAUAUGGCAAAGAUGGUAGACCCCUAAGUCAAAUUCCUCUAAUAGCCGAUGGAAGUUACAUAAAGGAAGGCACUAUAUAUAGCUCCAGUGGUCGACCAUUGUCGCAAAAUCUUUUCAAGCCAGAUGACACCAUAAUUAAGGAUGGUAUAAUCUACGAUGCAAACGGAGCGACACUGACAGACGUUUCUCUUGGACCGGAUGGCAUGCUCAUAAAGAAUGGAAGCGUAAUCGGUAAGGACGGUAAACCUGUGAAGCAGGAAUCUUUUGGUUCCAGUGGAAGUUACAUAAAGAAGGGUACCGUUCACACGAAGAGCGGUAAACCCUUGAAUCAAGAUUCACUGGUACCCGAAGGUGCAUCCAUUAAAGAUGGUAAACUGUGUUCCAAGGAUGGAAAGACGUUGAAGUUUUCCUUCUUCAAACCAGAUGGAAGUUACAUUAAAGACGGUAUUCUGUAUGGCUUGGACGGUAAACCUUUGAACCAGAGUUCAGCUCUUGCGGAAGAUAAUUACAUUGCAAAUGGUGUAAUCUUCGAUUCGAAUGGUAUGCCUUUGAACAGAGACAUGUUUGGAUCCGACGGUUCAUACGCUGCUGGUGGUAUGGUUUAUGGGAAAGAUGGUAGGAUUAUUUCGGAUGGUGUCUUUGGGCCUGACGGCAAUAUUAUUAAAAAUGGCUUGAUCAUUGGCAGAGAUGGUAAACCCCUAACCCAAGAUGAUAAAGGGCCGGAUAAUUUAGCAGUGAAAGACGGGAAAAUCGUUGACAAUCAAGGAAAUCCUAAGAAUUUGGCAUCGCUUGUUCCAAAUGGCUGUUACAUUCAAGAUGGCGUAGUCUAUGAUAAAAACCAGAGUCCUCUGAAGCAAGGAGCAUUUAAGCCUGAUGGUAGCUAUAUCAGAGAUGGUCUCUUGUAUGGAUGGGGCGGUCAGUUAUUGAAUACUGGGUCUGCUCUGCCUAGUGGAUGUUACGUAGAAGAAGGUAGAAUUUAUGGAAAGGACAAGCAGCCUUUAAAUCAUAGCUCAUUCGGUACUGAUGGAGGAUACAUUACUAACGGCUUCAUAUAUGGUAAAAACAAGAAGCCACUUAGUCACGGGACAUUUGGUAACGAUGGUAGUUAUAUAAAAAAUGGCCUGUUACACGAAGCAAGUGGAAAACCGUUGAAUAAAAAACAAACAGUGAUUACUGUCACUCUUGUACGUUACGGAUUGGUUUGUGGUAACGAUGGCAAGCCAUUGAAGUAUGGUAACUUUGAUUCAAACGGAAGUGUUGUUAAAGAUGGAAAAAUUUAUGAUGCCACUGGUCAGCCUUUAAAUCAAGCUUCUUACAAAAAUGACGGAAGCUCUAUUAAGGAUGGUCUUAUUUAUGGGAGCAAUGGCAAGCCGGCGUCACAGGGUGUACUACCACCGGAAACCAGUUUCAUUAGAAAUGGAAAGAUUUAUGACACAAAUGGACAGCCACUUACACAAGAAGCAUUUGGUCCAGAAGGUCUGAAAGUGAUACAGGGAGUUGUGGUCGAUAAAAAUGGUAAACCGUUGAAGCAAGGGACGUUCGAUUCCGAGGGCAACAUUAUUAAAGAGGGCGUUGUUUGUACAUCAGUAGGCAAACCUCUCGACAAAUAUUUCACUGUUAUUACUAUCAGUUUAGUACGUAAAGGUUUGCUUUGCGACAAAGAUGGCAAACCGGUGAAGCAAGCGCCAUUUUCAAGCGAUGGUAGCUAUGUUAAGGAUGGCAAGAUUCAUGACAAAUUCGGGAAACUGCUGAAUCAAGAAAUCUUUGGAGAUGAAGGGGCAUUUGUGAAGGAUGGCAUGAUAUUCGCUGGCACUGGACAACCAUUGGAUAGCGAUUCUAUUUUAAAAGAAAUACAAGAUUCCACGAAGUCUGCUCCUUUGAAAGUCAAGAAGCCUAUAGUUCCAAGUACUGCCCCGACUAUCGUGAAGACAACAACCAAACAAUCGGUAGUGAAGGACCAAGAAGGCGUGACGCAAAAUAUCGAAGAGAAAAUUGAAGAUCUUACACCUGGAGGGACAGGCCAAGUAACCGUUUCUACACAGAUUAAUAAGGCAGAGGCAUCAGAUGAUGGUAGAGCCCCGUACAUGACAGCAACCGCUGUUACCACACGUACCGCUACAAUGCACGAGGACCUUGAAAAAAAUCAAAAAACGAGUCAGGUAGAAGAAAAGACUGUAGCACAUACAACUGCAACCAGCGCGACACGGCAAGAGCAGAGAGUAGUAACGCAAGAAGUUCGAACAACGAGUCACGUUCUUUCUGGUGAACAGCUGUUCUCACGAAGGCUCAGUACAUCCAGUUCAAGCAGCGAUGAUUCAGGUACUCCAAUUGACCUUGAAGAUGAUCAGCAGGCUUUCUACAAUCAAUAUUAUCAGAGUGAUCCAGCUGGUGUUAUAACAACAGAGACAAAUGUUUAUAAAGGGGAACCAGAGAAUAAUGUGACAGCUACUGCCACAGUUCCACUGGUAACAACUGAAACUAGGAAAGUAGCCGUUGAAAGCGAAGAUGGUUUGUAUAGCGCAACAGGAGAAAUAGUCAGUUCUCAAACAAUAUCCAGUAAAACUCGUACUGUUGAAACAAUAACGUACAAAACCGAAAGGGAUGGGGUUGUAGAGACUCGAGUAGAACAAAAAAUAACGAUACAAUCGGACGGUGAUCCAGUCGAUCACGAUCGAGCUUUGGCAGAGGCGAUCCAAGAGGCCACUGCGAUGAAUCCAGAUAUGACUGUUGAAAAAAUAGAGAUCCAACAACAAACAGCGCAGUAAUUUAUAGAAAAACAAUUUUGUAAGAAAUAGGGGGCACUCUUUAUCUAAAAGAUAUAAUGCUGGUAGAUCUAAAGAAUAGAGAAAUAAAAUGAUAUUCACUGUUGAUAUAUUAAAAUGCAUUUCUAUGAUGCACGAAGAACAAUUUGGACUGAUUAUUUAUAUCGUCAAAAUUAAUAUUUUCUUGUAAAGAUUGGAAAACAUUAUUUCUUACGACAAAUGUUGCCCAAUAACAUGAGCUUGAACUUGAUUCAAAAUCAAGUGAAUUACAAGAGAAAAAAAGAAACAUCGAUGAUGUUUCUCUUUUUAAAUGAGAAGUAAAGUCAAGGUACCCUGUACCAUAAACUCCAGUGUUCAUAUUCAGAGUAUGUAUCGUUUACAUACGCAAAGCAUAAAUAUAUAUUAUACAUAUUAUGUAUACAUAGUCAUAUAUGUACGUAAACAAAAGAUGGUCUGUUCAUAGUUACGAAGAUAAGACAGAGUGCCCUAUAAACUUACAUUACCGUUUAACAGGAAGCAAAGUCAUACACACACACACACACAGCGUGUGUCUUGUGACAAAUAUAUUUCGUCACUUAUACAAGAAUUUGUUCAAUAUUAUACUCGAUAACAUUACCAGCGCUAAGCUUAAUCGUUUCUUCUUUAAUUCUUCUGCGGAUCUGCUUUCCGUUUCGAUAUAAAUUUCUAUUUUUAAAACUACAUCCAUGAGCCUAAUAUAUAAUGAAGAACGAAAAUAUCUUUAAAAAAAAAUAUUGCAGUUACAAAGUGUUUUGUGAAGUCGAAGAUAUUUAAAAUAUAUUAUUAAUACAAAGAUGAAAUAUACAACCAUUAUAAACCGUGUAUGUCUAACAAAAUACAAACAAACAUUAUAACAAGCGUUUCUAACAUACGUAAUGGAAUUCUAUGAAUCUGUUGAUACAAAAGAAUUAUUCCAAACUGAAUAUAUGAAAAGUAAUGGUGAAAGGUAUAUAGUACAUAAGUGACCGGCACACAAGAAUCUUUUCCGAUAUCGCUUUCAUGCGAGUUAGAAUUUAAAUGUAGCUUUUACGCAAUACUUUUUUUACACUUUAAUUAUUUGUAACAUAAUUUCUUUUUUUAAUCGAUAUUACGUAAUGUUUAUUGUGUGACAAAGUCAAAGUCCUUUACAUAUAAAAUAUUAAUAUAUACAAAAUAUACAUAUAUGUAUAUAUGCAUAUAUACAUAUAUCUAUAUAUAUAUUAUACAUAAAUGUACACAUAAAUACUUAUGAUUAUUUGACGAAAAAUAUUAGAAAUCUACAAAGUUUCCUGCGACAUAAAGUAUUAUUAUCAGCAAUGUAAAACAGAAAAGAAAAUACAUAUUAUUCGCGUUGCUGUUAUAUACACUUCUAUUUAAUAAUUUAAAAUAUGCAUCUGGAAACUGUGUAGAUAUUCUUGAAUGAUAUACUUGAUGGACGAUAAAAAUGAUUAGUAAUACAUACCGAUAAGAUGAUAAAUUAUAUGUAUGUAACUUCACACCAAGAGCUAUGAUGCAUUGGUCAGCGUAUGUGUCUAAAUUUAGCUGUAACUUUUGUAGUUGUAAGACUACAAUGUCAAAUAAGGUUUCGUUUAUUCAAUAGUUUAUUUAAUUUUUUUAUGAAACGCGAGGAAUUAUGCUAAGAUUGAGAAAAGGCUGAUAACCUGAAUCUACAAUAAAAUUAUUCAGAUUUAAAAAUCACCCUUUUUUUUUUGAAAAAUAAAAUUAUACAUAAAUACAUAAAUUUAUAAAUAUUAGAACGGUAUCGCAGCUUCAUAUAUUUAUGUAUGAAUAAUAUGUAUAUUGUACAUGCGACAAUUGUAAAAGAGCAUUAAGAUAUGCAUAUCUCACCGUAGGAGGCUUGUUUAUACCUUUGUUCUCCAAAGCAUCAUUUAGAUACCUGUUAAUAUAUAUUAACGCUGGCAUUCUGCACAAAGCAUUUAUUUUAUAAUGAUAAAUGAUAUUUUCACGUAUUAAUUAUAAACUAAUCUUUUUUACUUUUCUACCUUUUACAUGAACGUAACUCAAUCAAAUUUUUAUACAUUUAUCAGUUUCGGAGAAACGAUAGAUUUUAGCUGUUUACGUUCAAUGUAUCUCAUCGAGAGUAAGAGUAAUUUCUUUGAGGUUUUGAUAAUAUUAACUUGUACGAUAAUAAUAUAUAGAGUCAUCAUAGUUUAUCUGGAGCAAAGGAUAAUCAUUGACCAUCUACGUGCGAACUGCAUUUUGUCUUGUAAGUUUAGUUGUUAUAUGCUGGCAGCUAAUGUUUAAAAUACAUUGAUUUCACCUUAUUUCGUAGCGUUAGCCGAUAUUUUAAGAUAAUGCUCAACCAUUAUAUUAGUUCUUUUUAGUCCUGAACAUUAUUUGUGAGCAAUUCGUAACAUUUGAUAGACCAACUUUAAUGUUCCAAUGUGACAGAAGGCAGUAAAGUUACGAUAAAUAAGAAACUGAUUUUCUACUUGUACCUUUUAUACCAUAUAAUUUUAUAAUUUAUAUACUUGUUUUUAUUAUGUCUAACAUUCCAUGCUUAUAGUGACUAACAAGUAUGUAUUGUAAAUGCCUGCGUCAUUUAAAACUUAUUUAUUUAAUUCUUCAUCAAAUUAUUGGAGUUUUAUGCUAGCUCUGCUUGAAGAAGUCUGUACGAUUUCCCACAGUUCAUCACAUGGACAUUUUCUUUUUUUUACAUUUUGUAUGGAAUUCAUGUAAAAUCGAUCUUUGAACAUAAUACAUAAACCUUCAAGCAGUGUACAAAUGUAGUUAAUAAUAUUUUGUAUUUGAAUAUUUCUGUUGUUUAUUCAGUGUAACGUAAUAUUAUACUUUUAUAAUGUCUUAAUUGUACUGUAAUAGUGAUCCCCAUGUCAGAAUAUCCGCAUUGAAUAUUUAACUAUGCACGUUCUGUUAUAUUUAAAUUAAAUCGUUGUUUUACACGCAUGAACAUCAAUGUACUUUAGUUCAGCUACAAAAAAAAAUAUGUUACGUUCUAUGCACAUUUAUAUAAUACAAAUGUCGCCUUAGUGCUAGAAAGUUGUACAAAAUAUUAUUGUAAUUAGUUUGCCUUCAGCUUUUUACAGAUUCUGCCAUAUAUUUUCGUUUAACGCAUUUCUCAUUAUAGAUUUAUUUUUACCUUGUACACGACUUUCCAGCAUGCAGGCAAUAACGAAUAGUUUAGUAGUUAUUUAAUAGGAU